GCCGGCUCCUGUCCGGGUGUGUUGCCGCUCUGUUCCUUGGGCUCUGUUCCCGCUCCAUGCGGGCUGUCCCCGCUCCGGGAUGAGCCCCUGGCAGCAGCGCUCUCCCAACGCCAGCGCCGCGGGCGGGCUGGGCCCGCGGGCCAACGCCACGGGCCGGGGCGGCGAGCGCGGCAGCGCCGUGUCCGUGGCCAUCCCGCUGACCAUGAUGCUGACCGGCAUCGUGGGCAAUGCCCUGGCCAUGCUGCUCGUGUCCCGCAGCUACCGCGCCAAGGGCAGCCGUAGGAAGCGCUCGUUCCUGCUGUGCAUCGGCUCGCUGGCGCUCACCGACAUGCUGGGCCAGCUGCUCACCAGCCCCAUCGUCAUCUCCGUGUACCUGUCGGGCCGGCCCUGGCCCGCCAUGGACCCCUCGGGCCGCCUCUGCGACUUCUUCGGCUUCAGCAUGACGGUGUUCGGGCUGUGCCCGCUGCUGAUCGCCAGCGCCAUGGCCGUGGAGCGGGCUCUGGCCAUCCGCGCCCCGCACUGGUACGCCAGCCACAUGAGCCCGCGGGCCACCGAGCGCGGCCUGCUCGCCAUCUGGGCCGCCGGCGUGGCCUUCGCGCUGCUGCCGCUGGCCGGGCUGGGCCGCUACGCGCUGCAGUGGCCCGGCACCUGGUGCUUCAUCAGCACGGCCGGGGGCAGCGCCUUCGCCGCCGCCUUCGCCGCGCUGGGGCUGCUGUCGCUGGUGGUGACCGGCGCCGGUAACCUGGCCACCAUGGAGGCGCUGGUGGCUCGCUGCCGGGCCAAGGCCCGCGCGGCACAGCCCGGCCAGCGCUGGGGCCGCAUCGCCACCGAGACGCUGCUGCAGCUGCUGGGCAUCAUGUGCGUGCUGUCCGCCUGCUGGUCACCGCUGCUGGUCACCAUGCUGAGGUUGGUGGCGCAGCGGGCGGCCGGGCCGUGCCGGGGCGAUGUCCGGCGCUGGGAGUGGCAGCAGCAGUGGCAGCAGCAGUGGCAGCAGCAGUGGCAGCAGGAGUGUGACCUGUCCCUGACUGCUGUUCGCCUGGCCUCCCUCAAUCAGAUCCUGGACCCCUGGGUGUACCUGCUGCUGCGCAGGAUCCUGCUGCGCCGCUUCUGCCAGGCGGCCAGCGCCGUGUCCAAGUGCUCCAGCGCCGAGUGCAGGGACAGGGACAGCGCCAGCGACAGGGCCAUCACCCUGUCCCACCGGACUGCAGCCUGAGGGGCCCCCACGGCGGCCUGAGGGCGCAUUGCCACAGCUGCAGGAGCAUGGGAAGCCUCCUGGGGAUCUGCUCCGUGCUGGCACCUCCUCACCGUGUCCCUGCUGCAGCCACAGGGCCACCGUGUUCCUGCAGGGUGACACAAGUGCUGGGGGACAGCAGGACGGGACACGGCGUGGGCAUCGGUGGCUGAGCUGCACCACGGGCUCAGGACAUUCCUGGGCACUGCAAAACAGGAUCAGGACAUUCCAUGUCACUGCAAACAGGAUCAGGACAUUCCCUGGGCACUGCAGAGUGGGCUCAGAACAUUCCUGGGCACUGCAAAACAGGACCAGGACAUUCCAUGUCACUGCAGAACGGGACCAGGACAUUCCAUGGUCACUGCCACUUGUGCCUGAGCUGCAGAACAGGACCAGGACAUUCCAUGUCACUGCAAACAGGACCAGGACAUUCCAUGUCACUGCAGAGUGGGGUCAGGACAUUCCCUGGGCACUGCAAACAGAACCAGGACAUUCCCUGGUCACUGCAAAACAGGAUCAGGACAUUCCAUGUCACUGCAAACAGGAGCAGGACACUCCAUGGUCAAUGCAAACAGGACCAGGACAUUCCCUGGGCACUGCAGAGUGGGGUCAGGACAUUCCCUGGGCACUGCAAACAGGAUCAGGACAUUCCAUGGUCACUGCAGAACGAGCUCAGGACAUUCCCUGGGCACUGCAAACAGGAUCAGGACAUUCCAUGGUCACUGCAGAACGGGCUCAGGACAUUCCCUGGACACUGCAGAGUGGGGUCAGGACAUUCCCUGGGCACUGCAGAGCAGGGUCAGGACAUUCCAUGUCACUGCAAACAGGACCAGGACAUUCCUGGGCACUGCAGACAGGACCAGACAUUCUCUUGUCACUGCAGAACGGGGUCAGGACAUUCCAUGGUCACUGCCACUUGUGCCUGAGCUGCAGAAUGGGACCAGGACAUUCCCUGGGCACUGCAAACAGGAUCAAGACAUUCCAUGUCACUGCAGAGCAGGAUCAGGACAUUCCCUGGUCACUGCAAACAGGAUCAGGACAUUCCUGGGCACUGCCACCCAUGGCUGAGCUGCACACUGGGAGUUCUCAUGGGCCUAAAGUAGAGCCUGAGGGGGCUUCUCUUGCUUUAAGGUGGAUAAAAUGGUUUUCCUGACAGCCAACAGAUUCUACAGAUGGAAUUACUGAAGGGGCUCACUCCUGAGAAUGUUUCAUACCAACGUUAUCUCCUUCAGAGAGUCCUUCCAGCUUUUUAUCUGGAGGAGCAUGGGGAGAAAGGGAGAAGAAACACAGAAAUAAGGAAAAGAUUAAAUGUGAUUGGAUUUCAGUGUCUGAAAGCUGAGCAGGGGCUGUGGCAGUGGUGGAACAUCCAUCUCCUCCAGGAACUGAAGGCAGCACGAGUGUCCUGGCUCAGAGAUGUGUCCUGAUAAAUCCUGAAGGCAGCUGGGGAGGAUGCAGCUCUGGGGCAAGGCACAAAUCCCUGAUAAAUCCUGAAGGCAGCUGGGGAAGAUGCAGCCCUGGGGCAAGGCACAAAUCCCUGAUUCCUCCCUGGCUCUUUGUGGAAUGGCCAGGCAGGCUGGGAUUGCUGCUUGCACAGCUCCCACACUGCUGGGGGCAGAUGGAGAGGGGACAAACAAGCUGGAAAUGGGACUUUAAAAAAAAAUAAAGGUUCCCCCAGGAGCUGUGUUGUGGGAAGUGCCAGGCUGCCCUGGCUUUGUGAGGAAUGGGCACUCAGGGCCUCCUCCUUCCUCCAGAGCAGCGUCCUGAGUUCAGCUCUUCCUCCAAACACCAACGUGGCAGCUCUGGGAGGUUCUGAACUGCAGCAGGCUGGAAUGGAAGAGUGGGAAUUUGUCAGGUCCUUUCCCAAAGAAACUUCAUGGUUUAGUUACAAACUCACUUCCAAUCCAUUUGUGCCACAUCUGAGGUUUAUUUUUUUAAAAGCUGUGUCUUAAAGCAUUUUCUUCACCCUUUUGGAGCUGACAGCCUCUCGUGUCUCCUGUUUUGUGGGGUGAAAUUAAAUGCAAAUGUAAUAAAAUAAACUGAUAUUCCAUGUGCCAGGUACUGAGGAAUUCAGGGGUCUUACAGACAAAUGAAAUCCUGCAUCUGUGAGGAAUUUCUUGCACAAAACCUUUACUUUUACUCUUUUUACUUUGUUUAUAAAAGUGACUCCUCUGCAAAGAAUCCGUGCCUUCACUUCUGUUCUGCAUUCUGAUUCUUGUCCACAUCAAUCUGAUUUUAUCCAGGUGAUGUCUGGGUCCAGCCUAAAAGCCAAGGUUCAGCUUUAACUGAAGACCCAGCCUAAAUUGUAAUGGAUUAAAUUUUAUUUUUCAUUUUGA